UAUAAAGAAAAUCUAAAGUAAGAGAUCAAUAAUUUCGUUUAGAAUAAAAACAGAGAUGGCCGAAUUUUCGAAGACCGCCAAAAUAUCUAUUUUUAAUACAAAAAAUGAAGUUUUUCAAAUAAUUGGUCAAGGUAUUCUUGAAUUCGGCUGGGACAACUCGACCCAAUCCAUAAAACUUUCGUUUAAAGUAGACGAUUAUUUUUAUGAAACGAAUUUAUUACAAUCGUGGGUCGAUCGAGAAAAUAAUGCCUACUGGACAGAUCAAGAUGAGAAUUCUUUCCGAGCAUCCUUCGAAAGCCAAGCAGAUAUUAUGGAGUUUGCACUUAUUUUCGUUAAGGGAAAUUCGAAAAAAAAUCGAAAAACUAAUAAGAAUAUUCAAAAGCAAUUUAGAUCCAGCCUAUCGGAAUGCAAUUAUUCAAAGAAUUUUCAAAGAGAGAGAAAAAGAAUAUUGACAUAUUCGAGUCAUUGUUUUUCCGAAAGUUCUAUUUCAACCGGUUAUUUUAAGUCUUUUAUUGAAAAGUCUAACGUAACUCUCCUCACUGCUAUUGAACACGAAUCUGCUAAGUCAGCUCAACGUAGAACAUCGAAAAAGUGUUGGCCGUCUUCUAGAGAAACUAUAUCCAAAAUGUCUUUAUGUUCCAAUUGGAUCAAAAACCAAUCAGAAGGGAAACAACGAUAUCCAAAUUGCAUUUGUUCAAGUCGCCAUUGUCCUUGUUGCCAACACAAAGAACCGCCGAUGGAAAUUCCUACUGAAUCAGGCAGAAACAAUAAAAAAGUCCAUGUAUCGAAAGAGUAUUCAAUCAAACAUCAUCAACCGAUUGAAAAAUCAUUCUUUAAAAGUACAAUGAAUACUUUAUAUUUCGUAUUUGUCACUCCCAUUAAAACUUGCUAUCAAGCAUUAUUUUAUUUCUGGAAGUUUUAAAGAAAAUUCUAAUUUCAACAAUUCAUUCUGUCACAUCGUUGUUAGAUCGUAGCUUUAAUUAAAAAGCAACUGAAGAUUAUUGAUAAAAG